GCUAGCAGUUUAUGAAUGGCCUCAACUCUCUAAAUGAAGGAAUGAACCACCUCUCUUUUGUCAUUAACAGUGUGGUACUUUUAGUGAAUAUCUAGUGUGUUGGUAAUAGUUAAUGCCGCUUUAUUUCCACAUAUAGUAGUAUUCAUGAACAUUGUACAAUAAAAGAAAAGUUAAAUAUUAAUAAAGUCUCAGAAGUGGAUAUUUAGGGGAAAAAUGGAUGUUUUAAGUUUUUUUCCUUCUAUUAGGAUCUUUUCAUAUGAUUGAAAAAUGGAAGGAUGUGUAACACUUUCUAAUUACCACACAUUUUUCUUUCAUAGUGUAUUUGAAUUAUAGUUGGCAAAGUAACCAAGCACGUGAUGUAAACAAUUAACUUGGUUAGAUUUAUAGAUCACGUUAGAUCUGAAAUAACACUUGAAAGAACAGAGGUUUUGUAUGUUUAAUUUUUAUAAGACUGACUAAAUUUUUUUUCUUUCCCAUUUAGGUUUUAUAGGGUCACAUUAACAAAAGCAUGAUGGAGUUUUAUGAGUCAACGUAUUUUAUUGUUCUUAUUCCUUCAGUAGUUAUUACAGCAAUUUUUCUCUUCUUCUGGCUUUUCAUGAAAGAAACAUUAUAUGAUGAAGUUCUUGCAAAACAGAAAAGAGAACAAAAGCUUAUUCCUACUAAAACAGAUAAAAAGAAGGCAGAAAAGAAAAAGAAUAAAAAGAAAGAAAUCCAGAAUGGGAACCUCCAUGAAUCCGAUUCUGAGAAUGUACCCCAGGACUUUAAAUUAUCUGAUGCCUUGGCUGUAGAAGAUGAGCAACUAGUACCUGUUCCACUGAAUGUGGUUGAAACUUCUAGUAGUGUUAGAGAAAGAAAAAAGAAGGAGAAGAAACACAAACCUGCACUAGAAGAGCAGGUCACCAAAGAAAGUGAUGUAUCAAAGAUUCCAAGCAAAAAAGUAGAACCUGUCCCAGUUACUAAACAGCCCACCCCCCCUUCUGAAGCAACUGCCUCAAAGAAGAAACCAGGGCAGAAGAAGUCUAAAAAUGGAAGCGAUGAUCAGGAUAAAAAGGUGGAAACUCUUAUGGCACCUUCAAAAAAGCAAGAAUCAUUACCCUUCCACCAAGAGACUAAACAAGAAAGUGGAUCAGGGAAGAAGAAAGUUUCUUCAAAGAAGCAGAAGACAGAAAAUGUCUUGGUAGAUGAACCCCUUAUUCAUGCAACUACUUAUAUUCCUUUGAUGGAUAAUGCGGACUCAAGUUCUAUGGUGGAUAAGAGAGAGGUUAUUGAUCUGAUUAAACCUGACCAAGUAGAAGGAAUCCAGAAAAUGGGGGCUAAAAAACUGAGGAUGGAAACUGACAAAGAAAAUGCUGAAAUGAAAUUUAAAGAUUUUCUUCUGUCCUUGAAAACUAUGGUAUUUUCUGAAGAUGAAGCCCUUUGUGUUGUAGACAUGCUAAAGGAGAAGUCUGGUGUGAUACAGGAUGCUUUAAAGAAGUCAAGUAAAGGAGAAUUGACUGUACUUGUACAUCAGCUUCAAGAAAAAGACAAAUUACUUGCUGCUGUGAAGGAAGAUGCUGCUGCUAUGAAGGAUCGGUGUAAGCAGUUAACACAGGAAAUGAUGACAGAGAAAGAAAGAAGUAAUGUGGUCAUAGCAAGGAUGAAAGAUCGGAUUGGAACAUUAGAAAAGGAACAUAAUGUAUUUCAAAAUAAAAUGCAUGUCAGUUAUCAGGAGACUCAACAGAUGCAGAUGAAGUUCCAGCAAGUUCGUGAGCAGAUGGAAGCAGAGAUAGCUCACUUGAAGCAGGAAAAUGGCAUACUGAGAGAUGCUGUCAGCAACACUACAAACCAACUAGAAAACAAGCAGUCUGCUGAACUAAAUAAACUGCGCCAGGAUUAUGCUAGAUUGGUGAAUGAGCUGACUGAGAAAACAGGAAAGCUUCAACAAGAGGAAGUCCAAAAGAAGAAUGCUGAGCAAGCAGUUACUCAGCUGAAGGUUCAACUACAAGAAGCUGAGAGAAGGCGGGAAGAAGUCCAAAGUUAUAUCAGGAAGAGAACAGCGGAGCAUGAAGCAGCACAGCAAGAUUUACAGAGUAAAUUUGUGGCCAAAGAAAAUGAAGUACAGAGUCUGCAUAGUAAGCUUACAGAUACAUUGGUAUCAAAACAGCAGUUGGAACAAAGACUAAUGCAGUUAAUGGAAUUGGAGCAAAAAAGGGUGAACAAAGAAGAGUCUCUGCAAAUGCAACUUCAGGAUAUUUUGGAGCAGAAUGAGGCUUUGAAAGCUCAAAUUCAACAAUUCCACUCCCAGAUAGCAGCCCAGACCUCUGCUUCAGUUCUAGCAGAAGAAUUACAUAAAGUGAUUGCAGAAAAGGAUAAGCAGAUAAAACAGACUGAAGAUUCUUUAGCAAAUGAACAUGAUCAUUUAACAAGUAAAGAGGAGGAACUUAAGGAUAUACAGAAUAUGAACUUCUUAUUAAAAGCUGAAGUGCAAAAAUUACAGGCCUUGGCAAAUGAACAGGUUGCUGCUGCACAUGAACUGGAGAAAAUGCAAAAAAGUAUUCAUGUUAAGGAUGAUAAAAUAAGACUGCUUGAAGAGCAGCUACAGUGUGAAAUUUCAAACAAAAUGGAAGAAUUUAAGAUUUUAAGUGACCAAAACAAAGCAUUACAAUUAGAAGUUCAGAAGCUACAGACUCUUGUUUCUGAACAGCCUAAUAAAGAUGUUGUGGAACAAAUGGAAAAAUGCAUUCAAGAAAAAGAUGAGAAGUUGAAGACCGUGGAAGAAUUACUUGAAACUGGCCUUAUUCAGGUGGCCACUAAAGAAGAGGAACUGAAUGCAAUAAGAACAGAAAAUUCAUCUUUGACAAAAGAAGUUCAAGACUUAAAGGCUAAGCAAAAUGAUCAGGUUUCUUUUGCAUCUCUAGUUGAAGAACUUAAGAAAGUAAUCCAUGAAAAAGAUGGAAAGAUCAAGUCUGUGGAAGAGCUUCUGGAAGCUGAACUUCUCAAAGUUGCUAAUAAGGAGAAAACGAUUCAGGAUUUGAAACAGGAAAUAGAGGCUCUAAAAGAAGAAAUAGGAAAUGUCCAGCUUGAAAAGGCUCAACAGUUAUCUAUCACUUCUCAAGUUCAGGAGCUUCAGAACUUAUUAAAAGGAAAGGAGGAACAGAUGAAUACCAUGAAGACUGCUUUAGAAGAGAAGGAGAAAGAUCUAGCCAAUAGAGGGAAACGGUUACAGGAUCUUCAAGAAGAAAAUGAAUCUUUAAAGGCUCAUGUUCAAGAGGUAGCACAACAUAACUUGAAAGAGGCAUGUUCUGCGUCACGACUUGAAGAACUUGAGACUGUGUUGAAAGAAAAGGAAAAUGAAAUGAAGAGAGUGGAAAGUAUGCUAAAAGAGAGGGAGAGUGAUCUUUCUAGCAAAACAAAGCUGAUACAGGAGGUACAAGAUGAAAACAAAUUGUUUAAAUCCCAAAUUGAACAGCUUAAGCAACAGAACUACCAACAGGCAUCUUCUUUUUCCCCGCAUGAAGAACUAUUAAAAGUAAUUUCAGAAAGAGAGAAAGAAAUAACUGGUCUCCGGAACGAGUUAGAUUCUUUGAAGGAUGCAGUUGAACACCAGAGGAAGAAAAACAAUGACCUUCGGGAGAAAAACUGGGAAGCAAUGGAAGCAUUGGCAUCAACUGAAAAAAUGCUGCAGGACAAAGUGAACAAGACUUCCAAGGAAAGACAACAACAUGUGGAAGCUGUUGAGUUAGAAGCUAAAGAAGUUCUCAGAAAAUUAUUUCCAAAGGUGUCUGUUCCUUCUAAUUUGAGUUAUAGUGAAUGGUUGCAUGGAUUUGAAAAGAAGGCAAAAGAAUGUGUGACUGGAACUUCUGGUUCAGAGGAGGUUAAGGUUCUAGAGCACAAGUUGAAAGAAGCUGAUGAAAUGCACACAUUGUUACAGCUAGAGUGUGAAAAAUAUAAAUCCGUCCUUGCAGAAACAGAAGGUAUUCUCCAGAAGCUACAGAGAAGUGUGGAGCAAGAAGAAAAUAAAUGGAAAGUUAAGGUUGAUGAAUCACAAAAGACUAUUAAACAGAUGCAGUUGUCAUUCAUAUCUUUGGAACAAGAGCUAGAGCGAUUAAGAAGAGAAAAUAAAGAUAUUGAAAAUCUGAGAAGAGAACGAGAGAAUUUGGAAAUGGAACUAGAGAAGGCAGAAAUUGAACGAUCUACCUAUGUCACAGAAGUCAGAGAGGUAAAAACACAGUUAAAUGAAACACGCACAAAACUUAAAACUGAACAAAAUGAAAGACAGAAGGUAGCUGGUGACUUGCAUAAGGCUCAACAGUCACUGGACCUUAUCCAGUCAAAAAUAGUAAAAGCUGCUGGAGACACUACUGUUAUUGAGAAUAGUGAUGUUUCCCCAGAAACGGAGUCUUCUGAGAAGGAGACAGUGUCUGUAAGUCUAAUUCAGACUGUAGCACAGUUACAACAGUUGCUUCAGGCAGUAAACCAACAGCUCACAAAGGAGAAAGAACACUGCCCAGUAGUAGAGUGAAGUAAUUGGGAAACUGUUCAUUCAAGGAUAACAGGAGGCGUUGUAUUAUAUUUUGCCAAAUUAAAGCCUUAUUUAUGUUUUCACCCUUUCUACUUUGUCAGAAACACUGAACAGAAUUUUGUCUUUUCUAAUCCUUAUUAGACUACUGAUUUAAAGAGAGAAAAAAAGCCAACUCUGUAGACACCUUCAGAGUUUAGUUUUAUAAUAAAAACUGUUUGAAUAAUUAGACCUUUACAUUCCUGAAGAUAUAAUAAACAUGUAAUCUUUUGUCUUAUUUUGCUCAAUAAAAUUGUUCAGAAGAUCAAAAGUGGUAAAGACAAUGUAAAAUUUAACAUUUUAAUACUGAUGUGCACUGUUUUACUUAACAUUUUGGGGAGUAACUGCCUCUGACUUCAACUCAAGAAAACACUUUUUGUUGCUAAUGUAAUCGGUUUUUGUAAUGGUGUCAGCAAAUAAAGGGAUGCUUAUUAUUCAGA